GGGCGUGUCCUCCGUGAUUGACAGUUGUGCGGAGGAGGAGGGGGCGUGGUCAGCCGCCGAGGGGCGUGUCCAACCCCGCGCUCACCCCCUGACCCCGCCUCCUCCGCGCGCGCCUGCGCGGGGCUCUCCCAUUGGCCGCCCCUCGCGGUGGGCGGGGCCGCGCGGUUCCUCCCCGCGGCGCUCCGCUCUGUGAUUGGCCGGCCGGCGGCGGCGCGGUGACGCAGGACGCUGGGUGCGUGCGGUACGCGCUGACGUUGCGCGGCGGCGGCGGACCCUCCGGACCCUCCCGCAGCUCCCAGCCCGGGGGGGCCCCUCGGUACCCCCUGCCCGCACCCCCCAUGUGCUGCCCGGCCCGGGGGGGGCCCCCCGCCACCUGAGGGGGGGGCAGGGCCGCCUCCCCUCCCUCCCUCCCCCCCGGAGCCCCCCGGAGCCCCCCAGCCCAGCCAUGAUGUUCCGGGACCAGGUGGGCAUCGUGGCGGGCUGGUUCCGCGGCUGGAGCGAGUGCGAGCAGACCGUGGCGCUGCUGGCGCUGCUGAAGCGCGUCAGCCGCACCCAGGCGCGCUUCCUGCAGCUCUGCCUCGAGCACUCGCUGGCCGACUGCCCCGACAUCCACCUGCUCGAGGCCGAGGCCAACAGCGCCGCGGCCAUCUCGCAGUGGCCGCAGGAGCCGGCCGAGGCGGCCGUGGCCCUGCUGCUGGCCCACCUGCCGCUGCUGCAGCCGGGCAACGCGGCGGCCAAGGCCGAGUACAUGAAGCGGCUGCAGAAGGUGUUGGCCGACGCCAUCGAGAGCAACCGCUGCGUGGAGGAGUCGCGGCAGCUGCUGUCCUACGCCCUGAUCCACCCCGCCACCACGGCCGACGACCGCAGCGCGCUCGCCCUGUGGCUCGGCCACCUGGAGGAGCGCCUGGCGCCGCCCCCGGCCCCACAGCGCCGGCCCCCGCCCCACGAGUGGCCCCCCGAGCCCCCCGAGCCCGGCGGGGCGGCCUGGGCAGAGCAGCACCCCACGGGCACGGCCCCGCGGGAGAACGGGCACCCCCCGUUCCAGGGCAGCGCAGCCCUGCCGUGCCAGCUGCACCCCAGCCCCCUGAAGCGCUCGCUGGCCCUGGCGCCCGGCAGCGCCCAGCCCGGCCCGGGCGGCGACUGGGCAGGGCCGGGGGGUCCCGAGGAGCCCCCCACGGCCCCACGGGGCCCCGCGGCGGCCUUCGGGGAGCACGCGCCGCUGUCCCCGCAGAGCAGCGUGGCCUCGUCGGGCAGCGAGCACACCGAGGAGCCCGGAGGGCGAAACUCCUUCCAGGAGGACGGCAGCGGCAUGAAGGAUGUCCCCUCGUGGCUGAAGAGCCUGCGGCUGCACAAGUACGCGGCGCUGUUCGCGCAGAUGAGCUACGAGGAGAUGAUGACGCUGACCGAGCACCACCUGGAGUCCCAGAACGUCACCAAGGGCGCCCGGCACAAGAUCGCCCUGAGCAUCCAAAAGCUGCGGGAGCGGCAGAGCGUCCUCAGGGCGCUGGAGAAGGACAUCCUCGAGGGGGGCAACCUGUGGACGGCGCUGCAGGAGCUGCAGCAGAUCCUGGCCACCCCCAUCAAGGCCUUCCGGCCCCCCCCGCCCCCCGGGCCCCCCGACGGGGCCCCCCCCGAGGCCUUCGCGGCCCCCCCGGCCCCCGAGGCCGAGCCCCCCGCGGCCCCGGUGCCCGACGGGGACAUCCCGGGGCAGUUCACGCGCGUCAUGGGCAAGGUGUGCACCCAGCUCCUGGUGUCGCGGCCGGACGAGGAGAACAUCACCAGUUACCUCCAGCUGCUCGAGAAGUGCCUGAGCCACGAGGCGUUCACGGAGACCCAGAAGAAGCGGCUCCAGUCCUGGAAGCAGCAGGUGCUGAAGCUGCUCCGCGCCUUCCCCAAGAAGGGGCCCCUGGACGGCCCCCCCGGAUACCGGCCCCCCAAAAGCUGGGCCUUCGGCUCCAACUCUCUCCCCAUAGCUGGAUCUGUGGGGGGGGGGCGGCGGGGGGGGGGGCCGCCCCUUCGCCCUGCCCCCCCGGGCCCUGCCCCCCCCCGCCCGCCUGGGGCUGCUGGGACCCCCCGGGGGGGCCCCCAGACCCCCCCUCGGAGCCCCCCCCCUUGGGCACGCAGGGACGGCAGAGCCUUUGGUUCGGGGGGGGGCCCGGGGGGUUCCCCCGGGAGCCGCGGGGCCGUGCAGAGAACGCACUCGCUGCCCGUGCACAGCUCGGCCCUGCUUGCCUUCCCCCAGGAGUGUCCCCCCCCCGGGACGGACCUGGAGAUCAACCCCACGCUGGAGUCGCUGUGCCUGAGCAUGACCGAGCACGCGCUGGGGGACGGCACAGACAAAACCUCCACCAUCUGAUGGCGCCGCCGCCCCCUCCCCAAACUGGGGGGGCACCUCCUUAACCCCCCCCUCCCCCUUCCUGCCUCCAACCCCCCCGGGGGUCCCCAAAACACCGGGGGGAGGGGCAGACCCCCCCCCCACCGAUCUGGGGGUUUUGGGGGUCCCCGGUGAGGGAGGGGCCCCCCCGGCCGAUGACCUCGUGGGGUGGGGGGGCCAUGACACUACAGGGGGGCUUUUUUUGGGGGGGGGGGAGCGGUGGGAGGGGUUAGUUUCCUCCGUUUUUAAAAAUCCCAGGAUUUGGGGGAUUUGCGGAUUUUAUUUCCUCUUUUUCGUUGUUUUUUUUUGGUUUUUUUUUUCCCUUUUUAUUUUUUUGGCUCUUUAUUGUUAUUAUAUUAUUAUUAAUUAAUUAUUUCUGUCCUGGCCCCCGCGGGGUGGGGGAGGGGGGGGGACACCCACCCCAAAUUUAGGUACAACACCGCCCCACCCCCUCCCCCCCCCCGGGGUGGGGGGACCCCUCCCCCCCCUCGGUACAGCCCCUUCCCCCCCUUUGUAGCGCUGCGGCCCCCAAAUAGAAAGACAAAAAUCGUUAUUUUAGAUACAUUUUAUUAUGAAUCCUUUUGUUAUGAUAUGGCUGGUAACCAUUGACCUUAUUAAACACAAAAACCGC